GGCCUCUCUCUCUCUCCGUCUCCGGUAAUAUCUCUGUGUGGCUGUCUGACGCAGUUCAGACAUUUUGGGUAGAUUAUUCAACCACACCGGGCCGAAGACGAACAAGAAACUGAACAAAAGCCGUUUUUUUUUUUACAACAACAAGAAAAAACAUCGUUCAGUAUGGGUCCACCAGGAGACAACCCACGUCGCGUGUCCUCUGAAAGAACGGAGGAUUUAAGUGGGUUUGUCCGUUUAUCUUGACAUGGCAUGCAAAGGGUUAGUUUUGGUGGUUGUGACGACUGAAGAGAAAACGCAGAUCAAUAGCUAACGCCUCCCCGCAAAAAUCAGCGUGUGAAAGAUAUUUAUGACUGCGUUUAUUGGUGUCGGGUAAAUAAAAUCAAGUUGGUUCUCUCGACGGGAAUCAUUAACAUCAUGAUGAUAUUGGAAGGAAAUGUUCAUGUAAAAUGACAGGAUAUACAGCAGUUAAAUCUGUUCCGAUAUUAUAAAUAGCAAACCAGUCGGAAAUGUAAAAUGGUUAGAUGUCUCUCAGCUGGCUGGCUAACCGAACCACAUACAGGCAUCAAUUACUCCAAGUAACAAACAUAUAUGAUGUAGCUAACUAGUUAAUCCACUAACUAGUUAGUGUAUGCAGACUAGAUAGCUCAUGUUGGCUAGUCAGCUAAAAAAAAUAUUGCCGUCACGAUGAGUAUCGACAAUGUUAGUAAACAAGGCCCCAGGCCAGUUCAAUGGCAGUAAACGAGGCCCCAGGCCAGUUCAAUGGCAGUAAACAAGGCCCCAGGCCAGUUCAAUGGCAGUAAACAAGGCCCCAGGCCAGUUCAAUGGCAGUAAACAAGGCCCCAGGCCAGUUCAAUGGCAGUAAACGAGGCCCCAGGCCAGUUCAAUGGCAGUAAACAAGGCCCCAGGCCAGUUCAAUGGCAGUAAACAAGGCCCCGGGCCAGUUCAAUGGCAGUAAACGAGGCCCCAGGCCAGUUCAAUGGCAGUAAACAAGGCCCCGGGCCAGUUCAAUGGCAGUAAACGAGGCCCCGGGCCAGUUCAAUGGCAGUAAACAAGGCCCCAGGCCAGUUCAAUGGCAGUAAACAAGGCCCCAGGCCAGUUCAAUGGCAGUAAACGAGGCCCCAGGCCAGUUCAAUAGCAGUAAACGAGGCCCCAGGCCAGUUCAAUAGCAGUAAACAAGGCCCCGGGCCAGUUCAAUGGCAGUAAACGAGGCCCCGGGCCAGUUCAAUAGCAUUAAACGAGGCCAAGGCCCCGGAGAUGUCAGGUUAUUUCGGUAAACGUCAAUGUUGUAAACUCAAACCUGGUGCCAACAUCUGGUAUUACUUUCCAUGAUGGUUGUCUGUACCUCCCCAGUCUGCCAGUAUUACGCUCAUAACGCAGUCUGAACACAAACCGCGUCAGUCAUGGACGAAGCUUUGAGUUUGACAAGACGACAGUAUGAAUUGUGUCUGCUAGUUUUGAGUAGUGGCCUUGUAUUUCAGUAGUGAGAAGUAGUGUCGGUAUGUUUUGAGUAGUGGCCUUGUAUUUCAGUAGUGAGAAGUAGUGUCGGUAUGUUUUGAGUAGUGGCCUUGUAUUUCAGUAGUGAGAAGUCGUGUCGGUAUGUUUUUGUUGUUGAAAUAGCUAUUCUUUCUGUUAAUAGUUUUGUUGUCGUUAACAGGAAGGAGAAAGGUGCACCUGAAUACGAUUUGUUCAUAUUAUCACUAGGCCAAUGACGUGUUGAAUUAAAGUUUAAUUUGGCCUGAAUGUCAGGCUUUUUUUUAAUCACAUGGCUUCUUGAAUAACUCAUUGAACAAAUGAAGCGAAAUAUUAAGAACCCCUUCCACCCAUGUACAACUUACAUAGUUUGAUAUUUCAUGAAUUCCUCCUUCAGUUGGUAGGCAUUUCAAAAGAGAAUCAUUUGAUUUCUCGUUUCUAAAAGGGGUAGUAGCUACAUCUCAAAAGCAAAAUAGACAACUCGUAAGUAUAGGCAAAAUAUUCUGUAAAAGACACUAGCAUCAAAAUCUAAUAAUGGGAGACCCAAUCUGGAGAAGAAACCAAACUAGGAGUCGACUCCGUGCUCAGGUUCAGAAGAAAAGGGAAUCUUUGGCUGACCAGUUUGACUUCAAGAUCUACAUAGCCUUUGUUUUCAAAGACAAAAAGAAGAAGUGUGCGCUGUUCGAGGUAGCUGAAGUGGUACCAGUGAUGACCAACAACUAUGAAGACAACAUCCUGAAAGGUGUGCAGGCUUCCAGCUACUCCCUCCAGAGUUCCAUGGAACUUCUGCAGAAAGAUGUCGUGCAGUUGCACGCCCCGCGCUACCAAUCAAUGCGCAGGGAUGUCAUAGGAUGCACCCAGGAGAUGGACUUCAUCCUGUGGCCGCGCAACGACAUAGAGAAGAUAGUCUGUCUCUUGUUCUCCAGAUGGAAGGGGGCCGAGGAAGAACCCUUCAGGCCUGUUCAGGCCGAGUUUGAGUUUCAUCGUGGAGACUACGAGAAGCAGUUGUUGCACGCUGUCGGCCGGAGGGACAAGGCUGGAAUUGUUAUGAACAACCCGACUCAGUCGGUCUUCCUCUUUAUGGACCAACAGCACUUACAGACUCCUAAAACCAAGGCCACAGUUUUUAAGUUGUGCAGCCUUUGCCUGUACCUGCCCCAGGACCAGCUAACGUGCUGGGGCGUUGGCGACAUCGAAGACCAUCUCCUCCCGUACAUGCCUGACUAGGCCCAGCCGGCCUCCAUGGCUUUCACCCACAACACAAGGAAGAUUAACCCACAAGCCACUGAAGCCAGCUCAUGUCUCUCUCUCAUCCACCACACAUCCUUUUGAAUAGAAUUGAACAGGUGCUUUUGGAUCUCCCUUUUUGUUGUUAGACAAUUGUUCAUUCAUUCAUUUCUGUCCUCCUGAAGCACAUUUGUUUUUCCUUACCAAGCUUCCUCCUCCGACCAGUUUCGGCUUGGUUUUCCCUUUUAUCCUCCCAUCUUGUUUAUUUUGAACCUACACAAACAUUGAUUUUAAGUGGUUGGUUAUCCCCCCCCCCCAUGGAGCUGCACUGUCAACAGACCAGUCCAGUCACUGAAGGAACUCUUUAUGUUGCUACCAAGCAGGAACAAAAGCCACACAGGCUUUCAUGACGUUCAGUCUCUGCUGGACACAUUGCAACCCAUGUCAAAGAUUGUAAAAGCUUCUGAUGAUGUGUUUUUAAAGAGGAAAAGAUGCCCAGAGGGGUUCUAGAACGACAUCUAUGAUGUGUUUUUAAAGAGGAAAAGAUGCCCAGAGGGGUUCUAGAACGACAUCUAUGAUGUGUUUUUAAAGAGGAAAAGAUGCCCAGAGGGGUUCUAGAACGACAUCUAUGAUGUGUUUUUAAAGAGGAAAAGAUGCCCAGAGGGGUUCUAGAACGACAUCUAUGAUGUGUUUUUAAAGAGGAAAAGAUGCCCAGAGGGGUUCUAGAACGACAUCUAUGAUGUGUUUUUAAAGAGGAAAAGAUGCCCAGAGGGGUUCUAGAACGACAUCUAUGAUGUGUUUUUAAAGAGGAAAAGAUGCCCAGAGGGGUUCUAGAACGACAUCUAUGAUGUGUUUUUAAAGAGGAAAAGAUGCCCAGAGGGGUUCUAGAACGACAUCUUUUUAAAGAUACAUAUGAACAGUAUUUAAAAAUCAUUUGGUGUAGGUGUUUUCCUUUUUAAGCCUCCUUAGUUUGAAGCUGGGUGUUUUUUUUUUUUUUUUAAUUGAUUUUGGCCAUCAUUUGCAUUCCUGUGAAAUAUUCCAGGUAGAUAAUUUUUGGUAAGAGCUGGAGUACAGAUGAGACCAGUUGGGAGGGAGUUUUGGUAAGAGCUGGAGUACAGAUGAGACCAGUUGGGAGGGAGUUUUGGUAAGAGCUGGAGUACAGAUGAGACCAGUUGGGAGGGAGUUUUGGUAAGAGCUGGAGUACAGAUGAGACCAGUUGGGAGGGAGUUUUGGUAAGAGCUGGAGUACAGAUGAGACCAGUUGGGAGGGAGUUUUGGUAAGAGCUGGAGUACAGAUGAGACCAGUUGGGAGGGAGUUUUGGUAAGAGCUGGAGUACAGAUGAGACCAGUUGGGAGGGAGUUUUGGUAAGAGCUGGAGUACAGAUGAGACCAGUUGGGAGGGAGUUUUGAGACCAGUUGGGAGGGAGUUUUGGUAAGAGCUGGAGUACAGAUGAGACCAGUUGGGAGGGAGUUUUGGGACCAGUUGGGAGGGAGUUUUGAGACCAGUUGGGAGGGAGUUUUGGGACCAGUUGGGAGGGAGUUUUGGGACCAGUUGGGAGGGAGUUUUGGGACCAGUUGGGAGGGAGUUUUGAGACCAGUUGGGAGGGAGUUUUGGGACCAGUUGGGAGGGAGUUUUGAGACCAGUUGGGAGGGAGUUUUGAGACCAGUUGGGAGGGAGUUUUGAGACCAGUUGGGAGGGAGUUUUGGGACCAGUGUUGUGACACACAGUGUCGAUGUUGGUUAGAUGCUGAAGCUUGUUAACACGCAAGCUGUUCAAGCUACUGAAAUCUGAUGGUCC